AUGUCUGCACGCAAAGCUUACGUCGUCGGUGUCGGCAUGACUGCCUUCACCAAGCCCGCCGACCGUGAUUACCCCAUCCUCGGUCUCGAAGCCAGUGUCAAGGCGCUGAUCGAUGCUGGUCUCACUUACGACGACAUCGAGUACGCCGCCGCCGGUUACGUCUACGGCGACUCCACCUGCGGUCAGCGUGUCCUCUACCAGCUCGGCAUGACCGGAAUCCCCAUCGUCAACGUCAACAACAACUGCUCCACCGGUUCUAGCGCCUUCAACCUUGCUGCCAACGCCGUCCUCGCCGGUCAGGCUGAGUGCGCCCUUGCCGUUGGCUUUGAGAAAAUGGCUCCUGGUUCUCUCAGCUCUGCCUUCACCGACCGUGCCGCUCCUAUGGAGGGCACCAUGUCGCAGCUCUUUGAGAUUGAGGGUGACAAGGAGUACGAGGUGGAAGACUUUGGUCCGUUUGCUGCGCGUAUCUUUGGUGCUGCCGGUCUCGAGUACUGUGAAAAGUACGGUGCCACCUGGGACCACAUCGCCGAGAUUGCUGCCAAGAAUCACGCACACUCGGCCAACAACCCGUACGCACAGUUCCGCGCUACCCCAACCAAGGAGCAGGUCGCCAAGGCACGCAAGAUCACACGCGAGGUCACGCUGCCCAUGUGCUCGCCCACCUCAGACGGCGGUGCUGCCGUCAUUGUUGCCUCGGAGGAGUUUGUCAAGAAGCACGGCCUCGAGGACCGCGCCAUCGAGCUUGCUGGUAUGGGUGUCGCCACUGACUCGAUCCGUCUCUACGAGGACCGUUCGCGCAUCGAGCUCGCCGGUGCCGACAUGUCGCGUCGUGCCGCACAGAUCGCCUACAAGCAGGCCGGUGUCGGUCCCAAGGAUAUUCAGGUGCUCGAGCUGCACGACUGCUUUGCUCCCAACGAGCUCGUCACCUACCCGGCUUUGGGCCUCUGCGCAGAGGGCGACGCACACAAACUCGUCGAGCAGAAGCUCAACACCUACAACGAUUCCGGCAAGGGUUGGGUCGUUAACCCCUCCGGCGGUCUCGAGUCCAAGGGCCACCCCCUGGGUGCCACUGGUUUGGGCAUGAUCAAGUACAUGGUUGACCAGCUUCGUGGCGACGCCGGUGCCCUGCAGGUCAAGAACGUCCAGAACGCGAUGACUCAUAACAUCGGCCUCGGUGGCAGCUGUGUCGUUACCAUCCUGCGUCGUCCCGCGUUCUACAAGGCGGGUGUCACCAACUCAGCCAAGCGUUUCGGAUACAACGCGGGUGACCAGGUCAAGAGCAUCACCGAGGAGGACCUCAACAAGGUCAAGAGCAAGCAGUACUCUGACUACCUCCCCGCUGACCUCUAG